CGCUUCGCCCUUCGUCGGUAGGCUGCGGUUCGUCGCUGCGCAGUACUUGCUACGCCCUGCCCCUUCGACAUCCUUGCACUGUGACGCGCCAAGGGAAAAGGGACGACAUUCAAGGAUAUUCCAGAUUUCUUGCUGUUGGUUGUUUUGUUUGUUGUCUGCAGGGAAAAGGGACGACAUUAAAAGAUAUUAUGAACGAUCAGGUUGGGGUGACAACCCAAUUUGGCCGGUCCCGUGAUGGGGUCGUGGAUACAGAUGACAACCGAAUGAGGUUGCGGAAAUUCUCUGCCAUACAAUAAGAGAAGGUCCAGCAGCCCCGGGCUCGUAUCUGAUCGACCACUUGUUCCUCGUCCGUCAUCACUAGUGACUUGCGUCGUAAUCACUCCAGAGAGUCGGUUGAGGGUGUUGCCAGUUCUGGGCUCGCCAACAACACCAAUCGUCUCCAUCAUCGUUCGACAGAGUGGGGCGGUCGCCGUUCGCAUGUACGAUAAGUAUGGUAUCAAACACUGGCGACGAAUUGCGUGAAGUAGAAGUUUGUGACUUGAACAUGGACACAGAUGUGGAGGCGAGACACGACGAGAGCACAACGGCCGUGUUGACAGCAUGUAGGGCAGAGAUCGAAAACCAACAGCGACAGAUCUUUAACAUCGCAUUAGAGCUUCAUUACCAUAAACAAUUGUUGACUCAGUCUCGAGAAGAGCUCGAGCGUGUUAAACUACAGCUUGCUGACAAGUUGGCAGACGCGGAACAAAGAAUGCGCAGUGUGAGGUGGCUGCGAAAAGUGUGGCAUGACAAUACUGCGGAGAAAGAAAAUAUGAAGAAGAGAGUGAAAGAGUUAGAAGACCUGUUAGAAACGCGCAAUCCAAGACGGUCUACAAUAGUGCAGAGCCCUGCAUGGGACCUUAUGUCCUGUACUGACAACGAAAAAUGUGUUCUAAGGGAAGGAUGGACAUCUUACAAUAGCCAGGACGACGGAGUUGUCUCGGUCUGCACAUCCGACGAAAGCAUCUGCGACCUGUUGACAUUCUCGCAUGAUUAUAUCAACAUGAUACUGAGAGACCCUCUUGGCGUUCCAUUUUAUGUGACAUACACAGAUGGAGUGUUGCGUUACGUCCAAUACAUGCCUGGGGAGGAUUCGCAAACAAUGUGCAAUGAUUGGAAACGAAGAAGUGGGCACGAUAAGGAGACACACUUUUCAUCAGAGGCGGAGAGCCCGGAUGGGGGCAAAGAUGUGGAGAGGCCAGAUGAAGAAAACUUGAAUGACGCAGGUUGUGGUGAUGUGGAACAGGGAAUGGGGGAUGCAGAACCAUCUGCAAGGUUACAACAGGGAAUGGGGGGUGCAAAACCAUCUGCGAGGUUAGAACAGGGAAUGGGGGGUGUAAAACCAUCUGCGAGGUUAGAACAGGGAAUGGGCGGUGCAGAACCAUCUGCGAGAUUAAAAGAAAAAAUGGGGGGUGCAGAACCAUCUGCAAGGUCAAACGAGAUGAUGAGGGAGAAGACAAAGAAGCAGAAUUGCGGCGUGUCGAAAGGCAACGGCAAAGCACCAGCUGUGGGGGACAUAAAGAUCCCAAGUAAGCAAAAAAUUGGGGUUGCAAAGCGGCGACGACGUCCUGGGAAGGCUACAUUAGCAGAAAUCCGCCACCUGCAACGCACUGUUCAUCUUUGCUUGCCUUUCAAGCCAUUCUUGAGGCUUGUACGGGAGAUCGUCAACAAAGAUGUGGCACCUGGACGUGGGAUGAGGUUCGAGUUGGUUGGAAUGCGUGCACUCCUGAAGGCUGUUGAAGCAUACCUCGUGCAUCUCAUGGAGAAUACAAAUGAGCUUGCGAUCCACGUGAAGAGGGUGACAAUAAACGUGAAGGACAUGAGGCUCGCUGAUGCGCUAUGGAAACCACGGUGGGCCGUGGUUUUGAAAGGCGUCCAGGAUAAGAGAAGGGCAGAAGAAGAGAGGGUGAGGAGGAGAGAGGAAAGGACAGCGGGUCGUACAUCGGAUAAGUCGGGCACGUCAAAGAGGAAAGGUGUGCCCCACAAAGGAAAUGCGAGUAAAAAAACAUGAUAUGAAAAACGAGACUGUCAUCACCAUACUUAUCAUGUUUUCCCAAUAGACAAUGGUAUGUAAACCUCCACACAUGUGUGAUUGUAGAAUUUGUGUACGGAACGGAUCUUACUAGCUCUUUGGUCUAUGGUAUCACUACAUGAGACAAGACAUUAAUUUAUUGAGGUGUUGAGGACCCAAGGCAUGCGAGGAUAUGAUGUCGGUGGUUGGGAGAGAAAGGAUCACUAUGCAGUCUGUUUAGAUAUGAUGUCGGUGAAUGAGACACAAACGCGAGUUUUUGAGAUAGACAAACGGUGAUUGUGUAGAGUGAGAAGGAGUUGAUGGUAACAUGGGUUGUUUCAUAGUUGGUGCUUGACAGC